AUGUCUACUGAAGCAGCUGCUCCCCGAGGUGGAUUUGGCCGUGGUCGAGGUGACCGUGGCGGACGAGGCCGUGGCCGAGGUGGCCGAGGCCGAGGCCGAAAGGACGAGGAGAAGGGAUGGGUUCCCGUCACCAAGCUUGGUCGACUUGUCAAGGCCGGUCACAUCAAGUCCAUGGAGGAGAUCUACCUGCACGCUCUCCCCAUCAAGGAGUACCAGAUUGUUGACCAGCUCCUGCCCGUUCUCGAGGAUGAGGUCAUGAAGAUCAAGCCCGUCCAGAAGCAGACCCGAGCCGGUCAGCGAACCCGAUUCAAGGCUGUCGUUGUCAUUGGUGACUCCAACGGUCACGUCGGUCUCGGUAUCAAGACCGCCAAGGAGGUUGCCACCGCCAUCCGAGCCGCCAUCAUCAUUGCCAAGCUCGCCAUCAUCCCCGUCCGACGAGGAUACUGGGGUUCUUCUCUUGGUGAGCCUCACACCGUCCCCACCAAGACCUCCGGAAAGUGUGGAUCCGUCAACGUUCGACUCAUCCCCGCCCCCCGAGGUUCUUCCAUUGUUGCCUCCCCUGCUGUCAAGAAGCUUCUGCAGCUCGGUGGUAUCAAGGAUGUCUACACCUCUUCUGCCGGUUCCACCCGAACCCUGGAGAACACCCUCAAGGCUACCUUCAUUGCUAUUGCCAACACCUACGGCUUCCUGACCCCCAACCUGUGGACCGAGACUGCCCUCACCCCCUCUCCCCUCGAGACCCACUCUUCUUUCCUCUCUUCCCAGAAGCGACGAUUCUAA